UCCCAAAAUAUUUGUACUUCCAAAUCCAAUAUUGAUUCCUCAGCAACUCGAGUUCAGACUUGAGACACCUAACCUUAAGAAAAAGAAAAGAAAAAAGAAGUAAAAUGGAUUCUUCAACCCUAAAUUACCAAAAUGCCACUGUAGCAUCUGGAAUUGCAUCUGCAAUAGUCAUCUUACUCUGUUUCUUUCUGUUUCGUUUCAUCAUCAAAUUCGGUCAUCAUAGUAGAGAACCCCCAACAGUGUCCGGAGCAUGGCCAAUCAUCGGUCACCUUCCAUUGUUACGCGGUUCAAAGCAGCUCCACAUAACUCUAGCUUCCAUGGCCGACAAGUACGGACCCCUUUUCACCAUCAAGAGUGGCUCCAAAAAGACCAUAGUACUCAGCAACUGGGAAAUGGCGAAAGAAUGCUUCACCACCAACGACAUGGCGGUUUCCACUCGCCCCACAAAGCUUGUCGCCAAUGAAAACCUUUCAUACAACGGAGCCAUGUUUGGUUUCGCGCCGUACGGUCCAUACUGGCGCCAAAUCCGCAAGAUUGUGACGUUAGAGCUCCUCUCGAAUCGCCGAAUCGAGCAACUAAGCCAUAUUCGUGUCUCUGAAGUUCAAGCUUCAGUGAAAGAUGUAUACAGAAAAAGAAAUAAUGACGAAGAGUAUGUGUUGGUGGAGAUGAAGCAGUGGUUUGCUGAAUUGAUCUUCAACAUGGUUUUUAGGAUGCUUGUUGGGAAGCGAUGCUUUGGAUUUGGUGGUUUGGAAAAUAAUAACAGGUGUUUGGAAACGAUAAGGGAGUUCAUGAAUUUGUUGGGGGUGUUUACAGUGGCAGAUGUUGUUCCUUUGUUAAGGUGGUUGGAUUUUGGGGGCUAUGAGAAAGCAAUGAAGAAAACUGCUAAGGAAUUGGAUGAGUUUUUGGAUGAUUUUGUAAGAGAACAUCGCCAAAAGAGGAGUUUGUUAGAUGAGAAAGAUUUUAUGGAUGUCAUGAUUUCGGUUUUUGAUGAUGCCUCAGGUCUUGAUGGAUUUGAUGCUCAUACCAUAAUCAAAGCCACAACAUUGUCUAUGAUUACGGGAGCAACCGAUACAACGACUGUUACCCUUACAUGGGCAAUGUGUAUGUUAUUAAGAAAUCCCCACACAUUAAAAAAAGCAAAAGAAGAACUCAAUACCCAAAUUGGGAAAGAGAGACGCAUACUUGAGUCUGAUCUAAGCAAAUUGCAAUACAUUCAAGCCAUUAUUAAGGAGACACUAAGAUUGUAUCCACCUUCUCCACUUGGAGUGCACCGUGAAUUCACAGAAAAUUGCAAUUUAGGUGGAUACCAAAUUAAAAAAGGAACUCGAUUAAUUACAAAUCUUUGGAAAAUCCACACCGACUCUUCUAUUUGGUCAGAUCCAUUAGAGUUCAAGCCAGAAAGGUUCCUCACAACUCAUAAAGAUGUGGAUGUUAAGGGUCAUCAUUUUGAGUUGUUACCAUUUGGAAGUGGUAGAAGGGCGUGUCCAGCAAUAUCUUUUGGCUUUCAAAUGGUUCAUUUUAUUCUGGCUAGCUUUUUGCAUUCCUUUGAGAUCUUGAAUCCUUCCCCUGAACUUGUUGACAUAGAUGGAACCCUUGGAAUCACCCAUGUCAAAACUACUCCACUUGAGAUACUUGUUAAACCGUGUUUGAUUCCCAAUUGUUAUGAGACCAUGUAAUAAUAUUAGAUUAGGCACAUAUGACAUAAUCCUUGGUGUA